CUGAUGGACUGGACCAAAGCACAGCCGCCGGCCUUGAGAAACUAAAGGUUCCACCAGAAAAGCUCUUCGGGCUUAUAGAAGAGAAAGACAGAGGGGAGGAGAGAGGGGAAAGAAUCCUUGUGAAUCUAUCUCAGUAGAUUUGAUCAGCGGUAAUGGUUUUGGUGUUUUGGGGUUGAGUUGCAGGAGCGGCGUCAGCAUCCAUCAGGGUGCUGGAGAUGGUGGUGCCGGGAGCCUGAUCAAUAGUGUCGCGCUGCCGCCCGCCUCGCUCUCCUCUUCUACCCAACAACAGAUCAGUGGCAGUGGUCAUGUCACUUUUCACUAAUGCCCAUAACAGAUACAUAAACCCCGAUUCAACAAAGUGCGAUAAUAAGCGUUAGAUAUUCCCUGACACGUGAAUUCAAUGGGGGAUGAAUUACGCAGUACGAUAACAGUUUAGGUCGUGAAAGGCAGGAGAGGGGAAGUCCGUGAGAAUAAAUGUAUUUCUCACACAGUGACUCGCUCAUACACUUGUGUGGUGCAAAAAAGAAAAAAUCGCAUGCAUUACCCCGCCACGUCUUGCUCUGUGAGCCUCGAGUCGCGGGAGUGAAGAUAGAAACCUGAAUUUAGUGAUUAUCCCAUCCUGAUGCCCUGCCCAGAAAUUCGUGACAAUUCUUUGUGGGUUUUUUUUCAUCACACCUGCUAUAGCGUGGCUGCAAGCACACACUGUGGCGGCUCGACUCCUUAGAGAGACUGAGAUACACGCAAGGAGUCAGAUGUCAAGUACCAAUACUCAGGGGUGAGGCGCCCGCCGGAGCGGGCAGCGGGCGAGGGAGGCACCGGCGGGGAGGCCGUGCUGGCGGGAGAGUCAUGAAGGGGCGCCUAGUGUGCAGCCCUGAGCCUGGCCAUGAACACCAGCACCCAGUCCGGCCCUGAUCAGGCCCCGACGCUCAUCCGCAUCAGCCCCAAGAGGAUAAAGACACAGGUGACGCAGACGGUGCGGUAUCGGCCCGUCAGGUCACUGCUGCUCCUGGGGCUUCUGGUGCUCGUGUCUCUCUUCGUUCUCUUCACGCUCUCGCAGAUGGCUGUGGUACAACACACGAUGAUGGCCCACUUGGGGAGAGGCGUGGCUCCAGGACUGGCGGGCGGCGGCGGCGGCGGUGCCGGGGCGGCGCCAAGUGGUGGGGGGGGAAGGGGGCCAAAGGGACCACAGCGACCUUGGCGUAGUCAGUUCAAUCAGUUCAAGAUUGAGCCGCUCCUUGUACGCAAUGCCCCGUCCGUGGAGGUCAACUCCGCCAUGGCUACCAAUCGUCGGGUGGCCAAUCAAGUGGCUGCCAUCAUCGUACGAAACUCCCUUCUGGUCAGCCACUCCGCCCACUCCACUCCUCUCUCCUCCAAGCCACUCCACCCUCAGCAAGACGAAUCCCAAACAUAUCACGUUUCAUAUAAUUCCCCAUCGCAAGCAAAGACUAACGUUCACUCGAAAACUUUGAGUUCUUCCUUGCCAAAUGGCGCAUACAACUCCUCCAGCCAUGUUCACCUGACACGCUCUCGGCGGCAAGAGGGGGUGAAGGCGUCUCACCCUAUCCAGAGGGCCUCCGCGGUGGGGCAGGGCAGAGCAGGGGUGCCAGUCUCGGGAGAAGGAGGGAGGACGGAGUUGGAGGAAGUGAAGGGUGUUAAGGAAACUAUAAGGACAGGAGGUGUAAAAGAUGGUUCAGAUAAGGGAAAAGUAAGACGUUUCACAGCUUCAGAGGCACACGUAGUCACAAAAACACAGAGUGAGAGUUUACCUAGCAAGAAGAGAGUUGUUAAAGCACCAGUGUUUACGCUCAGGGGAUCGAAAAAGCAAAAGAUGUGUUAUGUUGGCGCUAUUAACUGUAACGGACAGAAUAGUUCAGCGGUACGAACUAAUAUUAUGACCAAUGGUGAAGGCAAAGUUACAAACACAAACAGGAGCAGUGAGAAAGCAAAACACGCACUGCGCACGAACAAAACUAGUCUAUUAGGAACCGAAGGAUCUAACUCCACCAACACAAAGAGUCUACCGGAACACUUGUACCUGCCCGAGAGCACCUGGUAUGAGCCCAUAGACAGUGACGGAAGGGACUUGGUGGCGAGGAAAAGUGACGCCGCCAGGAGGAGGAACCUGCCGCCCAAACUCUCCGAAGAACAGCUCAGAAAACUUCCUCUUUGUCCCGAGAUUCCUCCAGGACUCAUGGGACACCUCAUUGUUGACCUGGACCACCUGGAGAAGAUGGACCUCGAGGACGUUUUGCAGCAACUGUCGUGGGUGUCGCCUGGAGGCAGUUGGAGCCCCGUGCAGGACCCCGUCGAGCCCUGUUUGCCUCGACACAAGGUGGCGGUCGUGCUGCCAUACAGGGACCGCCUCCACCAUCUCAUCAUCCUCCUCAGCUGGCUCCACCCGAUCCUCCGCCGCCAGCAGCUUGAGUACACUGUAUAUGUCGCCGAGCAGACCGGCAACGCCACCUUCAACAAGGGUUCCAUCAUGAACGCGGGCUUCAUGGAGGCUUGGCAGAGGAGCGACGCCGACUGCUUUGUGUUCCAUGAUGUCGACUUACUGCCCGAGGACGACCGCAACAUGUACUCGUGUCCGCCGCACCCUCGCCACCUCUCCGUCGGCGUGGACACACUCGGCUACAAGCUGCCGUACUUCCUGCUGGUGGGCGGCGUCCUCAGCGUGCGGGGGGACCAGUUCCUGCGCCUCAACGGCUACUCCAACAUGUACUGGGGCUGGGGCGGCGAGGACGAUGACAUGGGCUAUAGAAUCAAGCAGUCUGGCCUCAGCAUCACUCGACCUGCCAACUGGGUGUCGAGAUACACCAUGAUUAGACACACCAAGCGCCGCCCACUCACCUGGAAGGUCCGUGGGAAGCUGCUGAGGACAUCGGGACGCCGCUACAGGCUGGACGGGCUCAACACACUCAAGUACACACUGCAGGCCCUCCACCGCCACCCGCUGUUCACUCACCUGCUGCUGGAUGUUGGCACCCCACCUGAGAACCUCCUCCGCCUCGAUGCACCUGCCCACCCACCGCCAACACCCCCGCCGCCGCCGCCACCGUCACCCAAGACCUAAAAAGAAAGAGUACCCACGCUGAAGAAGAGGCUGUGAAGAGUUGUUGAUAUUUAUACUACUACUACUACUACUACUACUACUACUACUACUACUACUACUACUACUACUUCUAGUACUAUCAUUAUUACAACAGCAAUAGAAACAAUAAACAACAAUAACAACAGUAAUGAUAAUAAACAAGUAGUAACAACAUUGAAUACAAAAGUAUCAACAACAACAACAAUGAUUACAACAAGAAUAACAGCAUGUAGCUACCUAGUACUACUACUACUACUACUACUACUACUAUUAUUAUUAUUACUAUUACUACUACUACUACCACUACUACUACUACUAUCACUACACACACACACACACACACACACACACACACACACACACACACACACAUUUGGGGAAAUAAGACACCUAAUCAUACGAAACACUUAUCUCAUCGUUUCAGUUUUUUUGCAUAAUAAUAAACUAGUACAAGAAAGUAAAAAGUUGACUACCCGAUUUUUGUCCUUCCUGGUAGUUCUUUCAGUUAUACAAGGAGGCACCAGUUCGACUAUGUGUGGAUUUGUAUAGCCGUGUCUUCCCCAUAAGGACAUUGUUGAUCCCUAAGUCUAUAUAUAUACCAAGUCGAGUCACUCUGCUUCAAAACUGCGACCGGUACGCGGAGGAGGCGGUUUUUGGGGCGGAGCAGCGGGAUGACGUCACUUGGAGCCAAAAAAAAAACGCCAGUUCAAGGGUGACUAAAGUUGGGGCCGUAUGUGCACUCUGGAUGUGCAUUCUCGCCUUCUUUCACAGCGCGUUCAGGCAAGCCACUGACGAAAAAAUAUGUCUUUUUUAUUGUAAUAUUGCGUGACUGUAAUUUCAAUGACUACAAACGGCGGUGUGGGGUGUGAGGGAGGGCAUGUUGAAGUGAUUGAUUUAAAUUAGUACGACUUUCCUUGUUUUCUCUAAAUCCCUGUUUCUACAUUCUCUAGUUUGGCUCCAAGCAGUGUCACGCAUAAACCACGCCUCGGCCGUGUCUCCUCCCACAAACCUGCGUAUGACUUGACUUGGUGUAUAUAGACUUAGGUUGAUCCCGUCUCAGCAGCACAUCAGUGUAAAGAAAUCCGAAUCACUAUUAACUUUUUUUUUGCAGUUUUGUGGAGGAAUAGCAGAAGAUGGCGGUAUUUGUAGAUAGGAAACGAAAAGCAAAAAAAUGUACUGUGGGGCACAGUUAGAUUAUGAUAUACCUGGAUCGAAAAAAGAACACAUUUUCUUUGCAACUCUCAGCAUGCAGACAUCUUUCCAUAUCCAUUCGCAAUCCUCCCGUAAGACAAAUCAUGGAACUGCGUGGUGUGGAAGGACUUUUAAACUAGAUUAAAUUUAUUGCAGUUGUUGAAAAGGGGAAAAUUUUGCAAAUAAUGAUAGCGUUUCACCAUUUUUUUCACGGUUGCUCAAAGUUGGCACAUGCUUACUUGAUACCUCCUUACUAAAUGUAUGUGACAUGUAUUAAAUUUUAAUUAUACUAAUGAAAGUUCAAAGACGACUUCAAAAGUAAUACACUUUUCGACCCAUUCUCUCCCUUCAAAAAUUUCCAUCAAAUGUAAUUUAGUAUUAAAAGCAAAGUUUGCCUUCAUCUUCCCAUUUCCAGUGACA